AUGUCGCCAAACCCCAAAUCCAGCCCGAAAUCCAAACCACCACCCAAAUCCUCCUCUCCAGCAAAAUCCGCAUACCUGCUCACCUACAAUGCCGUCUCCGCUGCGCUAUGGGCUGCUGUGCUAUAUCAGACUCUAACAAUUGCGACCCAUGAGAUUAGCACAGCUCGCGAAGCCGGAGGGUUCUUUGGAAGCGGUGCGAUGGGGUGGGCGAGUGCGACAAAUAGAGGUCUGGGUAGUGGGAGGGUAUACGGUGGGUUGGAGGUGUUGAGCAGGUGGGUUCAGACAGGAGCGGGGCUGGAGGUGCUGCAUUCAUUGGUUGGUCUUGUGCGCGCCCCCCUACUCACGACACUGAUGCAAGUAUCCUCGCGCUUCCUGCUCGUCUGGCUCAUUGCGUAUCCGUUUCCGCAAAGCACAAUGCAUAAUCCUGUCUAUACUACCAUGCUCCUCGCCUGGAGUAUCACUGAAGUCGUGCGAUACUCUUACUUUGUCUUUACGCUCAGUGGGGUUGGGGUUCCCAAGUUGUGGACUUGGCUAAGAUACAACACCUUCCUCGUCCUCUACCCCCUCGGUGUCUCGAGCGAGUGCUGGCUUGUAUACAGCGCUAUUCCGUUGGCGAGCCGCGCCAGGAAGGAGUAUGGUAUUGCGCUCUGGGUUAUACUCGCGAUUUACGUCCCGGGCAUCUACGUUCUAUUCACCCACAUGCUUAAGCAGAGGAGCAAGGUCAUUGGAGAGAACAGGGAGGCGUAA